AUGUAUUCAUCAACUCGAGUUGCAAUUUGUGGAGCGGGUCCUUCAGCUCUUAGCCAAUUACACGCAUUUGAAUCAGCUCGAAAAUCCGGUUUACAAAUUCCUGAAAUAGUCUGUUUUGAAAAGCAAAAUGAUUUGGGUGGUCAAUGGAAUUAUACAUGGCGAACAGGAUUUGAUGAAUAUUCUGAACCUGUUCAUAGUAGUAUGUAUAAAAACUUAUGGACAAAUCUACCAAAAGAAUGUUCAGAAUUUGUUGAUUAUUCAUUCGAUAAACAUUUUGGUCAACCAAUCACAUCGUUUCCACCUCGAACUGUUUUUUCUGAUUAUAUUCGAGGGUACGCAGAACAAAACAAUGUUCGUCAGUAUAUUCAGUUUAACAUAGUUGUUCAGUGGAUUUCCUAUUCUGAAGACAAGAAGAAAUUUAAUGUCUUAGUCAAAGAUUUGAGGAAAGACGAAACGCGAUCUGAAGAAUUUGAUUAUGUUAUUGUAGCUACUGGCCAUUUCUCAAUGCCUAACAUACCAUAUUUCAAUGGAAUAGAAACAUUUCUCGGUCGAAUUUUACAUUCUCAUGAUUUUCGUUCUGCUCAAGAUUUUGCUGACAAACAUGUAUUGCUUAUUGGUAACGGGUUUUCCGCUGAAGACAUUGCUUUACAGCUGUAUAAGUAUGGAGCAAAAUCAGUUACGCUCUCAUAUCGAACUAAACCAAAGGGUUUCAAAUGGCCAAAUGAAGUCAAAGAAGUACCACUACUCGUUAAGAUUGAUAAAGAAACUGUAUAUUUUAAGGAUGAUUCUUCUCAAGAUGUGCACGCAAUCAUCUUUUGUACUGGUUAUUUACAUUAUUUCCCGUUUCUUGAUAAUAAUCUUCGUCUAAAGUCGACUAAUUGUCUUUAUCCACCUGGUUUAUAUAAGAGUAUGAUUUGGUUGAAUCAGCCUCGUUUAAUCUAUUUGGGCAUGCAGAUGCAAGCGUUUAGUUUUAAUGUUGGUAAUAUUCAAGCAUGGUAUGCUCGAGAUGUUAUUCUAGGAAAAAUCACUUUGCCUUCAACGAAAGACAAAAUGCAGUUUGAUAUGAAACUGUGGCAAGUAAAAGAAGAAGCAGUUCAGAAUUUUCCCGAUAAAGCCAAUUUUCUAAAAGAAUAUAUUCUUGAUUUGAUCGAUGCAACGGAUUAUCCACGUUUCGAUAUUGAUGGAAUGAUUAAAAUACUGCUCGAAUGUCUUAAAUCGAGAUUUGAAAAUUUGAUUACUUAUAGAGAAAAAACAUACGCUUCAACAUUAACAGAUACGACGGCGAUACAACAUCACACACCAUGGCUGAGAGAAAUGGAUGAUAGACUAGAAAACUUUAUCAGAAAAUAG